AUGGCGGAUCGGGUAGGAUCCCACGAUCCACGCCCCGAACCCGCCCGAAACCCGAACUCUUUAGGGGUUAAGUUGGGCCUUUGUAUACUAUACGGGCUUGCUUGGCGUGCUGGUAGUAGGGCUACGAUUCGUGAGACCGUCUUGCCUCUUGCCAUGGAAAAACUUAGCACGUCUCAAUUCGGAAGUAACAAUCAUCAUCAAGCUCCUCCUUCACAAUCUAAUCCUACCGUAAGUCAACCUAUUCCGGAAAGUACAAGAAAAAGGAAAACAUUAGAAUCCAGAUCUCAAGUUUGGGACCAUUUUGAGAAGAUUUUAAACGAGGAUGGGCUAGUCAUUAAAGGUAAGUGCUUAUAUUGUUCAAAAGUAUAUGCAGCUGAGGCUAAAAAGCAUGGUACUUCCUCUUUAAAUAACCACAUGAAAGGUUGUUUAAAGAAUCCACAUGCUAAGGAAACAAAGCAGUCAAUUCUUGCAUUUCAAUCUGCAAAAUCUGAGAAUAGUGAUGGUGCUUUGACCUCUUGGGUUUUUAACCAAGAGGUUGUUCGAAAGAUGUUAGCGAAAAUGAUUAUAAUGGAUGAACUUCCAUUUAGGUUUGUUAAAGGGAGAGGUUUUAAACAGUUUGUUGAGGCUGCAUGCCCUAGAUUUAAGAUCCCUUCUAGAUGGACAGUUAAUAGGGAUAUAUUUAGUAUUUACUUUGAAGAGAAAACCAACCUUAAGAAAUUGUUUAAGUCAAGCACGCAGCGGAUUAGUUUGACCACUGAUACGUGGACAUCUGUCCAAAGAAUCAAUUAUAUGYGUGUCACUGCACAUUUUAUUGAUGAUGAGUGGAAAUUAAAUAAAAAGGUCAUCUCAUUUGUGCCUAUAUAUUCACAUAAAGGGGAAAGUAUAGCUAAGGCCAUAGAGAGUUGUUUGCUUGAUUGGGGAGUAAAAAAACAUUUCACCAUCACAGUUGAUAAUGCGUCAAGCAAUGACAUUGCCGUUGGGUUCAUGAAGAAGAAGGUGGUGAAUUGGGGUGGUUCUUCUACUAGGGCAGAGUACAUACAUAUGAGAUGCAUUGCUCAUAUUCUUAAUUUGGUUGUACAAGAUGGAUUGAAAUUAGCAGAUUCAUCAGUUAAAAAGAUUAGGGAUUGCAUUAGGUGGGUGAGGGGUUCCCCAUCUAGGUUGAAGAAGUUUAGAGAACUUGCAGAUUUGCUUGAAGUGGAGGAGAAAAGUUCCUUAUGUUGUCACGUUCCAACUAGAUGGAACUCCACCUAUAUGAUGCUUCGAACCACAAUAGGUUACAGACAAGUUUUUGAAACGUGUGAGAGUAGUGACACAGCGUUACAUUUGGAUUUGGGUGAUUCGGUGCCUUCCUAUCUUGAUUGGUUACAGGUUGACAGUUUGGUCAUAUUUUUGAAGACAUUUUAUGAGAUGACAAUUAGGAUAUUUGGCUCACUUUAUGUCACCUCAAAUUCUUUCUUAACCGAGAUUUCAGAUUUGAGUUGCAUUAUUGCCGAUAUGUUACAAUCUACGUCAAAAGUUGAAGAGAAUAUGGGUGUUAAAAUGAAAGAGAAGUUCAGCAAAUAUUGGGGUGAUCCARAUAAGAUGAACUUCAUCAUAUUUUUUGGCAAUAUAUUGGACCCAAGAGACAAGGUUGAGUACAUGCAAGUCCAACUCACUCAAAUGUAUGGUGAGGAUCAAGGUAAGGCAUGCUUUGAAAAGGUAAAGUCUAAAUUGGAUAUGUUGUUUCAAGAGUAUGUGUCAACAUAUUCCGAACCUUCUACCACUAUGAUGCCUCCUCCACCCAUUAAGUGUGAGAAUGUUCCCGUUGGAAGGGUACAAUCUAGAUUAAAGAGCCAACUUAAGAAAUAA